AGCUGCAAGAGACAUGAGAGAGAGAGAGAGUCGACAUAGAGAGAGAAACUAGAGAGAGAGAGUGGCAUUUUUUUUUUCCCUUCUUUUUUUUUGAGCUGGGUUUUGGCUGGCUGUGAUGUUACUCGUCGCCACCACUCUCCUCUGUCUCUAAAAACACCAAAAAGCCAGAGAACCAGACAUCUCCCUCUCUCCCUUCUUCUCUCUCUCUCUCUCUCUCUCCUUCUGUCUGUGUCUCCCCCUCCCCAUCCCCAAAUGGUUCCAUGUCUCUCUCUGCAAGCCAUGCCUCCAUCAUGAGAAGAUCAAAAAUGCACCACCAUCUCCCAUUUUUCCUCUUCUUCUUCGUCUUCCUCCUCAUUUCCCCUGGCUUUUCCACCGCCACUCUUCCUGCUGAUGGGGAAAAUGAGGUAGAUUCACAGGAGGGGGAAGGCAGGUGUGAGGCCAUAUGGGUCGACCCUUCCUUCCAUUUCGAGAACCCGAGGCUCAGGAGCGCUUACAUUGCCCUCCAAGCAUGGAAGAAGGCCAUCUUCUCCGACCCACUCAACCUCACAGGUAACUGGGUCGGCCCCCAUGUGUGCAACUACACCAGCGUCUUCUGCUCCCCAUCUCUCCACGACCCAAACCUCACGGUGGUGGCCGGCGUCGACCUCAACCAUGGCGACAUUGCCGGAUAUCUCCCUUCGGAACUCGGCCUGCUCGCGGAUCUGGCCCUUUUACACAUCAACUCCAACCGCUUCUGCGGCAUCCUGCCGAAGACCUUCCGUAAGAUGAAGGUCCUCUUCGAGCUGGACAUCAGCAACAACAGGUUCUCCGGCAAGUUCCCCAAGGUGGUGCUGGAUCUGCCGUCGUUGAAGUUCUUGGACAUCAGGUUCAAUGAGUUUGAAGGUUCGGUGCCCAGCAGGCUCUUUGACAGGCCUCUGGACGCCAUUUUCAUCAAUAACAACAGGUUCAAAUUCACGAUCCCGUCCAAUCUCGGCAACUCGCCUGUUUCCGUCAUUGUUCUGGCGAACAAUGGCUUCCAUGGCUGUGUUCCCCGAAGCAUUGUCAAUAUGGCGAACACGUUGAACGAGAUCAUCUUGAUGAACAAUGGGCUGAGCGCAUGCUUGCCGUCGGAGUUCGGACUGCUGCAUAGCCUGACGGUGCUGGAUGUGAGCUAUAACAAGCUGGUGGGGCCGCUGCCGGAUACCCUGGCGGGGCUUCGCAACCUGGAGCAGCUGAACGUAGCGCACAACUUAUUGUCUGGGAAGGUGCCGGAGAGCAUCUGCGAGCUGCCGCAUCUGAAGAACUUCACCUUCUCUUACAACUUCUUCACCGGCGAGGCUCCGAGCUGCCUGUACCUUCCGGCGUUCGACGAUCGUCGAAAUUGCCUGCCCGACAGGCCGAAGCAGAGGCCUGUCAAGCAAUGUAAGUCGUUCUUGUCACAUCCUGUUGAUUGCAACUCCUUCAAGUGCAGCCCUGCCCCACCUGUUCUUCCUCCACCACCACCACCGCCUCCUCCUCCUCCUCCUCCACCACCACCACCACCACCACCACCACCACCACCUCCUCCUCCUCCUCCUCCUCCACCACCUCCUCCUCCUCCCCCACCACCAUCUUAUCCACAACCAACUCCAUCCCCUACUCCUUCAUAUGGUAAUCCUCCUCCGCCACCACCGCCACCGCCUCCACCUCCACCUCCCCCACCGUCAACACCUCCUUCACAGCCACAUCCACCUUCCCCACCGCCACCACCUCCUUCACAGCCACAUCCACCUCCCCCACCGCCACCACCUCCUUCACAGCCACAUCCACCAUAUUGCGUCAGAUCUCCACCACCACCUCCACCACCUCCCGUCUACUGCGUCAGACCUCCAUCACCACCACCACCUCCCGUCUACUGCGUCAGAUCUCCACCACCACCCCCGCCUACGCAGUCUCCGCCUCCGCCAAUAUUCUUCCCCACCACCCCGCCCACGGAAUCUCCGCCACCGCCUCCGCCAGUAUAUUCUUCCCCACCACCCCCGCCCACGCAAUCUCCGCCACCGCCUCCGCCAGUAUAUUCUUCCCCACCACCCCCGCCUUCGCAAUCUCCUCCACCGCCUCCACCUGUACAUUCUCCACCUCCGCCACCACCAGUCUACAGUUCCCCACCUCCACCACCAUCGCAGUCACCGCCUCCGCCCUCAAGCCCACCUCCUCCACCGCCAUUUUGCAUUGAACCUCCACCACCGCCUCCACCGCCCUGCAUAGAGCCUCCACCUCCUCCUCCUCCGCCUUGCAUAGAGCCUCCACCAUAUCCAUCUCCGGCACCAGCACCCUACUCCAUUCCACCAUCUCUGUCCCCGCCAUCACUAACACCACCGUCGCUACCACCAUCUCUUCCUCCAUCAUUACCACCAUCUCUGCCCCCGCCUUCAUUACCGCCAUCUCUGCCCCCGCCAUCAUUACCACCAUCUCUGCCCCCGCCAUCGUUACCACCGCCGUCGUUACCUCCAUCUAUUCCAUCACCUGCACCUGCAUCCGUCCCACCGCCGGAAUAUGUCACCCCUCCGCAUCCCACGCCAGUGCUCCCCCCUCCAUCAGCAUCACCACCAAGCGAAUACAGCCCACCGGCUCCUCCAAGUGAGUAUGCACCGCCACCAAAGCCUGGUUGCGAGACGCCAACACCACCUGCUCCGUAUUCCAUAUCACCGGUGGCGCCACCUUCGUACAGCGUUCCGCUCCCGCCGGUGAAGGGCUUCAAUUAUAGUUCGCCACCACCGCCUCCGUUCUAUUGAUUCUUUUGAGCAUUCUUCAAGAGCAGCACAUUUAAUCGUUGCCGUCAAGCUGGAUCCAUGGCUGGUUUUUACAAUUGUGAUUCAUUGAUCCAUGGUGUGAAGAGGAAAACAAAGAUACUCUGUGGGCAACCUUGUUGCCUAAUUGUCAUUGAUCCAUUUAAGUAAGAUUCAGUUUGUGUAUCUUGAAUCGCAGUUUCAGUUCUUUGUGUAAGAAUUGUGUAACAUGUGAGGCAGUGAAACAGGAGAUAAGAAAGGUAGAAACAGUAGAGGGUCAUUUAUUUGAAAGAUUGUGAAUAAAGAUUGGAGAGAGGGAGAGGGAGAGAGUGGGAGGGAAAGAGGGAGAGAGAGAGAGAGAGAGAUCUUAGUUGCAGCCAAGGGAUGUAUAGUGGAUCAAAUUCAUGGGGAGUGCUUCUGGUGUCUCUAUCAUACUUUGUUCCUAUCGUUAUAAUAUGAUGAUUACAUAUUUAUUUGCAUAAAUUGAAUGGUGGUUCUCUUUC